GACAGGCUUCCGUUUGGAAUACAAACUUUUGGUUAUAUUUCCCUUUGGAACUACAUUACCCAGAAUUCCUCGGUCAUGUUUCGAAAACCCGGAGAAGGGGUCACAAAUCAAACCGGCGGCUGUCGGAGGGACGGGAAGAGGUUUAAUCAGGAGUUGGAUUUCACACCUGAGGCUGUCUAGCUGCGUGAGACCUCCAAUGGCGGGUCGGCUCCUCAAAGUCUCAUCUCUGGCCACAGCAGUGUUCGCCUCCUCAGGCUUCUACCUCUACAGCAGGCAGCUGGACCUCAGUGACCUCAGCGUGAUCCGCUUCGGACGAGCUGCAGCCACCACAGCGGUGAUCAGCUACGACUAUCUGACGGCCUUCAAACAUGUGGACUACGGUACAGAGGAGUACUGGGCCCUCAAGUCCAAGGUGCAUCGGCGAUCAGCAGAGCGUCUUCGAGACUUGUGUUGUGCCAACAGGGGCACCUUCAUCAAAGUGGGGCAACACCUCGGUGCUUUGGACUAUCUGCUGCCCGAGGAGUACACCUCCACCCUGAAGGUGCUCCACAGCAGAGCUCCUGAGAGCACCAUGGAGGAGAUUCAGCAGGUCAUCAGAGAGGAUCUCGGAAAGGAGCUUUCGGAGUUGUUUGUUUCAUUUGAGGAAAAGCCUCAGGGUGCAGCGUCUUUAGCGCAGGUCCACAAAGCAGUCCUGCAUGAUGGCAGAACUGUAGCCAUCAAGGUCCAGCACCCAAAAGUUCAACGACAAAGCUCCAAGGAUAUAAUGGUGAUUGAGGUGUUGUUGAAGGCAGUCCAUUGGCUCUUCCCAGACUUUGCCUUCAUGUGGUUGGUAGAGGAAGCCAAGAAAAACAUGCCACUGGAGCUGGACUUCCUUAACGAGGGACACAAUGCAGAAAAGGUGGCUAAAAUGCUGUCCCACUUCCCUUUUCUCAAGGUUCCCAUGAUUUACUGGGAUCUAUCCACAAAAAGAAUUCUGACCAUGGAGUUUUUAGAGGGAGGGCAAGUCAAUGACAGAGAAUACAUGAAGAAACACAACAUCAACGUCAAUGAGAUCUCGGAAAACUUGGGUAAAAUGUACAGUGAAAUGAUUUUCGUCCAUGGCUUCGUCCACUGUGACCCCCACCCGGGCAACGUUUUGGUCCGAAAGUGUCCCCGGAGCCAGAAGACGGAGAUCGUUCUACUCGAUCACGGCCUGUAUCAGGUCUUACAGCCAGAUUUCAGGAUGGACUACUGUCGACUGUGGAUGUCCCUCAUCAAAGGCGAUAUGUCUGGAGUGGAGCGUUACAGCCGCAGACUGGGAGCAGGAGAUCUUUACCCCCUCUUUGCUUGUGUGCUUACUGCUCGAUCCUGGAAUGCUGUAAACACUGGAAUCAGUUCUGUUCCCGUCACACAUGCAGAGGACGUUGAGAUACGGACCAACGCCGCUCUCUACCUGCCUCAAAUCAGUGACCUGUUGAACCGAGUUCCCAGACAGAUGCUGUUGCUGCUGAAGACCAACGACCUUCUGAGGGGCAUCGAGACCACAUUACAAACCAGAGCCUCAUCCUCGUCCUUUAUCAACAUGUCCCGCUGCUGCAUACGUGCCGUUGCCAGGCACAAAAGGAGCAAGGCCCAGUCCAGGAGGAGGUGUCUGCAGAUCACGCUGGCCGAGUCUGUGAGUCUGUGGAAACUCUCAGUGUAUGAACUUCUUCUGUGGGUCAGAGGAUCUGUGAUGGCUCGCUGGCUUUCAGCUCUGCUGGCGUUUCUGCACUGAGACACAUCUGGAACAGGGACAUCAUUAUUGUCUUCAGGCCAGGACGCUCACACAGUCUGGUUUAAAUGCUCCACUUGACAAACUUAAUCAACAACUUUUCAUACUGAAUCAACAUAAUUGUACUUUUCAUCUUUAAGACUCCACAAUGCUGGGAAGUAUGUAAGAUUGAAGUGUUAUUUAUUUAUGAUGUAGGUCUCAUCUGAGAUAUCACAGUUUCCAAAACAAAGCGGCUGUAAGAGCCCCUUUCAUUGUUUGUCAAGCAGUUAAAUCCAUAAAUGACUAAAUGAAAAACUGUCUUAACCUAAAUAUUAAACAGGCCGCUGGGAAAAAAAUAAUGUUUUGGAAGGAGAGUCAUCAGUCCCAGAUCUCAUUGAGGUGUGGAAAACAGACGGCUGCUGCCCUGAUGUUAAGAGUUUUGCCUAAUAUAUACGUGUAGUUUUACUCUUAGGGGUUGGCAGCUUGCAUGUGAUCUGCUCCAUUCCAGCUUCUCAACAAAAUACCUCAAAACAUCCGUCACAUCAUACUUUUUCCACCUGACUUCGAUCGACGGGUCAUGUUUACGGUUUAUUUUAGGUUAAACCCCAUUCCUUCAUUCAUAAAGCAUGACUUGUAUUUCAUCUGUUAUUGUUAACUGUUCCAAUCUAAUCCAACUGCAUCAUGGGAUUGUUAGCUCAUCAGAGUUGGAAUAACUGGGACAGCUGUGAACAUAUGCAGAUAGUAGCAUUUUCAUUUCUGGAGUGGCUUUUCUUGCCCUCAUCAUAAAAAGUUUUUACUGCUUCAUAAAAGAACAUUUAAAGCUGCAGUUUAGUGUUUUCCAAAGAUUUUGGAAACCUCACUAUCUCAGUAUGUUUAUGUGUAGGAACUUUCCUGGAAACAUCAUCUCACAAAGACAAUCUUUAUAAUGUUAUGUGAUAAAUUAUGUGCCAUAAACACAACCAACAGAUAUAAAAUAAGUUUAAUUUAAAUUCACUUAGUUUUUGCUGACAGAACCCUACUUCAAAUGCUGUCUUGUUAUUUUAUGGUGCUUUGAUGAGAAUGAAGUAUUCUGUACUUCCACUGCGAAAAAAAAAAAUCUCUACACUUCUAGGUCAAGAGUAUUAUGUUGUUUCUUAAUUUAAUCUGCCGUAUACUGUUUAAGAAUUUGUCCCUUUAUUUAAUUUUGUUUUCAGUUUUAACUUUCUUAUUCUCUUUUAUUUGUUUUCUAUCUUAUGUUAGUUUGCAUUUAUCUGGUGAUGGAUUUGAAUUCAUUUAUUUGAGCUUAAACGGUCAGACCUGCAUCAUUUGAGAGAAGAUGAAAUAAAAUGCAGCAUAAGUUAACAACAUA